AUGACGGACACACUACACAACGUCCCUAUAGUGCUAGACAAUGGCUCUGGUACCAUUCGCGCCGGAUUCGCAGGUGAUGAUCUGCCAAAAUGCUAUUUUCCUUCGUUUGUAGGUCGGCCGAAACAUCUUCGAGUACUGGCAGGCGCAUUAGAAGGCGACGUGUUUAUUGGGGAUCGGGCUCAGGAGCUUCGAGGGCUGCUCAAAAUUCGCUAUCCGCUGGAACAUGGAAUCGUCACCGAUUGGGAUGAUAUGGAAAGGAUUUGGGAAUAUGUUUAUGGGGAAGGGUUGAAAACUUUGAGCGAAGAGCAUCCAGUACUAUUAACAGAACCACCGCUGAACCCAAGGAGCAAUCGCGAUACCGCUGCCCAAAUACUAUUCGAAACAUUUAACGUCCCUGCGUUAUACACUUCAAUACAAGCAGUACUGUCAUUAUAUGCUUCCGGGCGUACAACUGGAAUAGUACUGGACGCUGGAGACGGUGUCUCCCAUGCAGUCCCUGUGUAUGAAGGGUUCGCUAUGCCAAGUUCCAUACGAAGAAUAGAUGUGGCUGGACGAGAUGUGACUGAGCACAUGCAAACGCUAUUACGAAAAGCUGGAUAUGUUUUCCAUACCAGUGCUGAGAAGGAGGUCGUGCGAAUGAUUAAAGAGAAAGUCAGCUACGUAGCAGCAGACCCAAAACGAGAAGAGAAAGAGUGGACAAGUGCGAAGUUGGGCGACGGCAAGACGGUGGAGUAUGCCCUGCCGGAUGGAAAUAAAAUAAAGAUAGGAGCAGAACGAUUCCGUGCACCCGAAAUUCUCUUCGAUCCGGAAAUUAUUGGCCUCGAGUACCCAGGAAUCCAUCAGAUCGUGGUGGACGCCAUCAACCGUACAGAUCUCGACUUACGGAAAUCGCUAUUUGGCAAUAUUGUGUUGUCUGGUGGUAGUACAUUGACCAAGGGGUUCGGUGACAGGUUAUUACAAGAAGUACGACGGCUGGCUGUAAAGGAUAUGAGGAUCAAAAUCUCCGCUCCACCUGAACGGAAAUAUUCUACAUGGAUUGGAGGUAGUAUUUUGGCGGGUUUGAGCACGUUCAAAAAGAUGUGGGUCAGCAUCGACGAUUGGCAUGAGAAUCCGGACAUCAUACACACUAAAUUUACAUGA